AAGCCCACUAAUAUAAAACUUAUCCAAUUACAUAAAUAUCUCUAUACUAAUUAGUUUUUUUUUGGCUUUAAAUUUAGGCAGCGUAUGUUUUCCCGAGAAAGCGCGAGAAAAUUAGGAAAGAAAAUAAAUGACAAAAAGAGGAUGAGAAUAGAUUUGCAGGGCCAGGCAGGGUGUAGAAAAUUAUAGCAUUUCAAUCUCGUGCUCUUUACUUUUUCUGUCCGAGAAAACAGCUCAUUUCCAAGAUACUAGCUCCUCUAAUUUUAUCCAUUUUUUACAUUAUUUAUUUUCAUCUUUAAAUCUCAAAAAACGCAUGCAUGUGACAAGUGUGUAAUUUCUUAUUGACCAUCGAGAAAAAAUCCGAUCGGAGAUUUUUCUGUUUGGGGUGAAAGUGAAAGAACGAGUUUCUUUCUGAUUUGAGUGACUGAUCUGUGGUGGUGUUGUUGCUGUGAUGGGGAAGGUGGCAGUGGGGGCGGCGGUGGUGUGCGCGGCGGCAGUUUGCGCUGCGGCGGCGCUGGUGGUGCGCCACCGGAUGAGAAGCUCUGGCAAGUGGGCUCGGGCUAUAGCUAUACUGAAGGAGUUCGAUGACAAGUGUUCGACUCCAAUUGGGAAGCUCAGACAGGUGGCCGAUGCCAUGACCGUCGAGAUGCACGCCGGUCUCGCAUCCGAAGGUGGCAGUAAGCUCAAGAUGCUUAUCAGCUAUGUCGAUAACCUCCCCACUGGAGAUGAGAAAGGACUCUUUUAUGCUUUGGACCUUGGUGGCACUAAUUUUCGCGUGCUGCGCGUACAGCUAGGUGGUAAAGAUCACCAUGUAGUUAGACAAGAAUUUGAUGAAGUUUCAAUUCCACCUCAUGUGAUGACUGGGUCUUCGGAGGGAUUAUUUGACUUUAUAGCCAAAGCACUUGAAAAAUUUGUAUCUGAAGAAGGAGAGGGAUUUCACCCUGCACCAGGUAGGCAAAGGGAGCUGGGUUUUACCUUUUCCUUUCCUGUGAGGCAAUUAUCGAUUUCAUCUGGGACUCUUAUCAAGUGGACUAAAGGCUUCAACAUUGAAGACACGGUUGGACAAGAUGUGGUGGGUGAGUUGACCAAAGCACUUGAAAGAAUUGGGCUUGAUAUGCGGGUUGCGGCCUUGGUCAAUGAUACAAUCGGUACAUUGGCUGGAGGAAGAUACACCAACCCGGAUGUCAUUGCUGCUGUGAUUUUGGGAACUGGAACAAACGCUGCUUAUGUAGAGCGGGCUCAGGCAAUUCCCAAGUGGCAGGGUCUUUUACCUAAGUCAGGAGAGAUGGUUAUUAACAUGGAGUGGGGUAACUUCCGGUCAUCUCACCUUCCUUUAACAGAAUAUGAUCAAGCACUGGAUGCUGAGAGUUUGAACCCUGGGGAACAGAUUUUUGAGAAGAUGAUUUCUGGAAUGUACUUAGGGGACAUUGUUCGUAUAGUCCUGUAUAAAAUGGCUGAAGAAGCUGAGUUUUUUGGUGAUACUGUUCCGCCAAAACUAAAAAUUCCUUUUAUACUACGGACACCUGACAUGUCUGCGAUGCAUCACGACACAUCUCCAGAUCUGAAGAAGGUUGCAAGCAAGCUAAAGGAUGUCCUAGAGAUAUCUAACACCUCCCUCAAAAUGAGAAAAACUAUUGUGGAGCUUUGCGAUAUUGUCGCCACUCGAGGAGCUCGUCUAUCUGCUGCAGGGAUCUUAGGAAUCCUCAAGAAAUUGGGAAGAGACACAGCAAAGGUGGGGGAUAAACAAAAGUCAGUCGUAGCAUUGGAUGGUGGGUUGUACGAGCACUACACUAAAUUCAGGUCCUCUAUGGAAAAAACCCUCACUGAGUUGUUGGGUGAGGAAGUUGCUGCAAACAUUUUGGUCGAGCACUCUAACGACGGCUCUGGAAUCGGAGCUGCUCUUUUGGCUGCGUCUCACUCCCAUUACUUGGAGGUAGAAGAGCCUUAAAGAGAAUGGCAUCCGAAGGAAGAAAUGCAUUUCAGUUUUGUAUACUUACUUUCCCCCCCAAUUUUACAACUUCCUCCUCAGUCAUUUAGAUCUCUUCUCACCGUCAACUUUGAGAGAGAUCUUGACUGACAAGAAGCCUUUAAGCCUUUUAUUUUUUUGUUAAUUUAUGGUCUUAUGGAGGAUACAAUCCACAAUGGACCAAAAUAUGCAGCUAGAGUGAGCAGAGCCGACUUUAAGGUUUUCCUGCUCCAACCUCUAUCAUGUAUGUUUGGUACUACCAGUGUAUAAGUUCAUUCUCUAAAAAUAUGCAAUAAAGUGGGGAUGUAAACUGGUUUUUGAGCA